AGCAACUAAAGUCAUGAAUGUGUGUGUUUGUGAAUACACUGCAUAAUUAAAAACUCACAUUAUGUAUCUUAGGGUAUAUAGCCUCGUUCGAGGUUCGUGCCAGCAGCUUUUUGAGGGCAUAAAUUCAUCUGGACGGUUAAUUGGUGGAAAUGUGGGGUUUCAGCGUCUGUUGUCAUGCAGCGCCAUCCGAUUACAAGAGCCUGAUGCCAAACCAGUGGAAACCCGGAGCCCAUCAGCACCAGUCAAACGAUUAAAAGACCUCUUCCCUCCAUUUCCGGGUCAGGAAAGCUCCCUGACAUGGGACAGCAAGAAGUUCGAAGAGUUACCGAUCGCACACAUAAAAGCCACAUAUAACAACACACAUAUCCAGGUCACAGAUAGCGCUGGCCAGUACAUGGUCCGAACCUCGUGUGGAUCAGAGGGCUUCAAGAAUGUGAAGAAAUCCACUCCUAUUGCAGCACAGACCGCUGGGAUUUCAGCUGCUGCAAAGGCAAGGGCGAAGGGGGUCACCUACGUCCGUGUGCUGGUGAAAGGACUCGGUCCAGGGCGCAUGUCUGCCAUUAAAGGGUUAACCAUGGGAGGACUAGAGGUUGUUUCCAUCACCGACAACACCCCAGUGCCGCACAAUGGCUGUCGCCCUCGCAAAGCACGAAGGAUGUGAGGAGGAAGAAACCCCUUGUACCCUGAAGUCUUGUUUGUCUUUCUCUGCAUUAUCUUUGACCAUCCAGUCUGAAUAGAGAGGUUGAAUGUGGAAUUAAUUCAGGUCAACGCUGUUUGAGAGUUGAAUGCGGAAUUGAGAGUAAUGUUUUUUGUUUUUUAUUUUUUUGCAGCUGCAGUGCUGUUAAUAUGUUAUUUACAUUUUUGAUAAUAAUUAAAGUGUAAAGAUGUCA